UCAAACGUGGGGUGGAGUCGGCAAGAGGCGCCCGGUCGCCCAGAUCCUCCUUGACUAUCACCUCACGUACGAUGUUGACUAGGUUCAAAUCUGUUUCCGGACGGUAUAUCAAGGCCGCGUACAAUUCGCGGACAACGCCAAGGAAUCCCGUUUACCGUAUCAUAUGCGAACCAGCUUCAUAUUCUGCAUUCAAAACUCACGCACAAGGAUAUGUGACCGCCGCAGACGACCCCGUCGCGUUUGGCCAGCGUCAUGUCACCAAAGGCAUUGGCAGGCUGACCGAGGCAGUGAUGACCAGAGGCGAGGGAUCCUACGUCCACUUUCAUGACGGGCUUCGUCUCCUGGAUUUCACGUGUGGCAUUGGAGUGACAAACCUGGGACAUUGUCAUCCAAAGGUCAGCAAAGCCGCUGCCGAUCAGUGCAUGGAGCUCGUCCAUUGUCAGUGCAGCAUCUCCUUCCACGAUUCAACCAUCCGUCUCAUCGAGAAGCUCAUACCGGUCAUGCCUGACCCGACACUCGACUCAUUUUACUUCUGGAACUCGGGCUCAGAGGCCACCGAGGCGGCCGUGAAGAUGGCGCGCGUUAUCACGGGAAAGCAGAACAUAAUUUGCAUGCAAGGUGGAUAUCAUGGUCGGACUUAUGGUGCAAUGGCUUUGACUAGGAGUAAAACAUCUUACAGCGAAGGUUUCUUCCCCCUCAUGCCCGGUGUAUUUUCUACACCAUUUCCCUUCUGGCACCAACUGGGAGUGGCGCCUAAUACUUCUGAAGAGGAGCUCGUUCGUUCGACGCUUUACCAGCUUGAUCUACUCCUUAAGCAGCAGACGGCCCCUUGCGACACUGCGGCUAUUAUCAUCGAGCCUGUCCUCGGUGAAGGAGGUUACGUUUCCGCACCCUCUGCAUUCUUGAAAGGUCUCAGGGACGUUUGCGAUGAACAUGGCAUCCUCUUGAUCAUUGACGAAGUGCAGAGUGGGUUCGGCAGGACAGGAAAAAUGUUCAACGUUGAAUACAGCAGAGUACGACCUGAUAUCAUGGUGAUGGCCAAGGGAUUGGCAAAUGGGUUUCCGCUGAGCUGCAUAGUUAGUCGUAGGGAACUUACUGACAAGCUCAAACCCGGAUCCAUGGGUGGUACUUAUGCAGGCAACGUUGUUUCCUGUGCGGCUGCAGCGGCUGUUGUGGAUGCAUUUCAGGAAGAAAAUAUUCUGGACAAUGUCAACGCGCGCUCCAAGGAAUUAUUGGUGGCCUUGAAGGAACUCCAAACGUGUCCAGAGGUGGGCGGGAACAUUGUCGACGUUCGCGGACAAGGCUUGAUGGUGGCCGUGGAGUUCGCGUCGCCAUCAUAUCCGGCGCAAGACCCUGUUCUGAACCGUUCAGCGCCAAAUAAUCUUGCGUCACGUGUGGCGAAGCGAUGUGUAGAGAAGGGAAUGCUCAUUCUAACAGCAUCUGUGUACGAGGUCAUCAGGUUUAUUCCACCUUUGAAUGUGACUCGGGAGGACUUGAGGAAGGGCUGCGAGGUUUUCUCAGAAGCUGUUGAGGAAAUUAUCCGGGAAGCGUAGGGGGCAUUCUCGAUGUACGAGCGACUGUUGUGUUGGAUGACCAUUGUACACAUCAACCAGAGAUUUUUUUGUACUUUGUAGCGAUUUCAACUCGGCGCCAAAUUUGGCUAUAUAUUGGAGUUGUCAU